AUGAAAUUCCUUGUUGCUCUCCUCGCCCUCACCGCUGUCGUCUUGGCUCAACGGCCCACCGGACCGCAGCCCACCUCGACGCCGUGCCAGAUCUGCAGCUACGUCGUCUCUCAAGCCGAGCACCAUCUCCGUCGAGGACGCGUCGACGAGGGAGAAUUGCAAAUUAUUCUUCUUGAGGAAUGCGAGACUCUUGAACGUUAUUAUGGUCGCUCAGCUGUGCAAUCUUGCGUUCAAAUGAUCGACGACAACAUCGGCACCAUUCUCACUGACGUAAAUGCAAACAAACCUGUCUCUCAAAUCUGCCAGGAUAUCAAGCAAUGC